AUGUCCAGGCGGAAGCAGGCGAAGCCGCGCUCGGUGAAAGUUGAAGAGGGGGAGGCCUCGGACUUCUCGCUGGCCUGGGAUUCCUCCGUGACAGCAUCAGGAGGCCUAGAAGGAGAGCCAGAGUGUGAUCGAAAAACCAGCCGUGCGCUGGAAGACAGGAACAGCGUGACAAGUCAAGAGGAGAGAAAUGAGGACGAUGAAGACAUGGAGGAUGAGUCAAUUUACACCUGCGAUCACUGUCAGCAGGACUUUGAGUCUCUGGCAGACCUGACGGACCAUCGGGCCCACCGCUGUCCUGGAGAUGGUGACGACGACCCACAACUCUCCUGGGUGGCCUCGUCUCCCUCCAGCAAGGAUGUUGCGUCACCCACGCAGAUGAUAGGAGAUGGGUGUGACCUGGGUCUGGGUGAAGAGGAAGGGGGCACGGGCCUGCCGUACCCUUGCCAGUUCUGCGACAAGUCCUUCAUCCGCCUGAGCUACUUGAAGAGGCACGAGCAGAUCCACAGCGACAAGCUGCCUUUCAAGUGUACCUAUUGCAGCCGCCUCUUCAAGCACAAGAGGAGCCGUGACCGGCACAUCAAGCUGCACACGGGUGACAAGAAGUACCACUGUCACGAGUGCGAGGCGGCCUUCUCCCGCAGCGACCACCUCAAGAUCCACCUGAAGACCCACAGCUCCAGCAAGCCCUUCAAGUGCACCGUCUGCAAGCGCGGCUUCUCCUCCACCAGCUCGCUGCAGAGCCACAUGCAGGCCCACAAGAAGAACAAGGAGCACCUGGCCAAGUCGGAGAAGGAGGCCAAGAAGGACGACUUCAUGUGCGACUACUGCGAGGACACCUUCAGCCAGACGGAGGAGCUGGAGAAGCACGUGCUCACCCGCCACCCGCAGCUCUCCGAGAAGGCCGACCUGCAGUGCAUCCACUGCCCCGAGGUCUUCGUCGACGAGAACGCGCUGCUCGCCCACAUCCACCAAGCCCACGCCAACCAGAAACACAAGUGCCCCAUGUGCCCCGAGCAGUUCUCCUCCGUGGAGGGCGUCUACUGCCACCUGGACAGCCACCGGCAGCCCGAUUCCAGCAACCACAGCGUCAGCCCUGACCCCGUGCUGGGCAGUGUGGCCUCUAUGAGCAGUGCCACGCCGGACUCCAGCGCCUCUGUGGAGCGAGGCUCCACCCCGGACUCCACCUUGAAGCCGCUGCGGGGCCAGAAGAAGAUGCGGGAUGAUGGGCAGGGCUGGUCCAAGGUGGUCUACAGCUGCCCCUACUGCUCCAAGCGGGACUUCAACAGCCUGGCCGUGCUGGAGAUCCACCUGAAGACCAUCCAUGCGGAUAAGCCGCAGCAGAGCCACACGUGUCAGAUCUGCCUGGACUCCAUGCCUACCCUCUACAACCUCAACGAGCACGUCCGCAAGCUGCACAAGAACCACGCGUACCCCGUGAUGCAGUUCGGCAGCAUCUCUGCCUUCCACUGCAACUACUGCCCCGAGAUGUUCGCUGACAUCAACAGCCUGCAGGAGCACAUCCGGGUCUCCCACUGCGGCCCCAACGCCAACCCUCCCGACGGCAACAACGCCUUCUUUUGCAACCAGUGCUCUAUGGGCUUCCUGACCGAGUCCUCCCUCACGGAGCACAUCCAGCAGGCCCACUGCAGUGUGGGCAGCGCCAAGCUGGAGUCCCCGGUCGUGCAGCCCACGCAGUCCUUCAUGGAGGUCUACUCCUGCCCCUACUGCACCAACUCGCCCAUCUUCGGCUCCAUCCUGAAGCUCACCAAGCACAUCAAGGAGAACCACAAGAACAUCCCGCUGGCCCACAGUAAGAAGUCCAAGGCGGAGCAGAGCCCGGUCUCGUCGGACGUGGAGGUGUCUUCCCCGAAGCGGCAGCGGCUCUCGGCGAGCGCCAACUCCAUCUCCAAUGGCGAGUACCCGUGCAACCAGUGCGACCUCAAGUUCUCCAACUUCGAGAGCUUCCAGACCCACCUGAAGCUGCACCUGGAGCUGCUGCUGCAGAAGCAGGCGUGCCCCCAGUGCAAGGAGGACUUCGACUCACAGGAGUCCCUGCUGCAGCACCUGACUGUGCACUACAUGACCACGUCCACCCACUACGUGUGCGAGAGCUGCGACAAGCAGUUCUCCUCGGUGGACGACCUGCAGAAGCACCUGCUGGACAUGCACACCUUCGUGCUCUAUCACUGCACCCUGUGUCAGGAGGUCUUCGACUCUAAGGUGUCCAUCCAGGUGCAUCUGGCGGUGAAGCACAGCAAUGAGAAGAAGAUGUUCCGCUGCACGGCCUGCAACUGGGACUUCCGCAAGGAGGCCGACCUGCAGGUGCACGUCAAGCACAGCCACCUGGGCAACCCGGCCAGGGCCCACAAGUGCAUCUUCUGCGGGGAGACCUUCAGCACCGAGGUGGAGCUGCAGUGCCACAUCACCACGCACAGCAAGAAGUACAACUGCAAGUUCUGCAGCAAGGCCUUCCACGCCAUCAUCCUGCUGGAGAAGCACCUGCGGGAGAAGCACUGCGUGUUCGAUGCGGCGGCCGAGAACGGCACGGCCAACGGGGUGCCCCCAGCCGCCGCCAAGAAGGCCGAGCCGGCCGACCUGCCAGGCGUGCUGCUGAAGAACCCGGAGGCGCCCAACAGCCACGAGGCUAGCGAGGACGACGUGGACGCCUCGGAGCCCAUGUACGGCUGCGACAUCUGCGGGGCGGCCUACACCAUGGAGGUGCUACUGCAAAACCACCGGCUGCGGGACCACAACAUCCGGCCGGGCGAGGACGACGGCUCGCGGAAGAAGGCUGAGUUCAUCAAGGGCAGCCACAAGUGCAACGUGUGCUCGCGGACUUUCUUCUCGGAGAAUGGGCUCCGGGAGCACCUGCAGACCCACCGGGGCCCCGCCAAGCACUACAUGUGCCCCAUCUGCGGCGAGCGUUUCCCCUCGCUGCUGACGCUCACGGAGCACAAGGUGACCCACAGCAAGAGCCUGGACACGGGCACCUGCCGCAUCUGCAAGAUGCCCCUGCAGAGCGAGGAGGAGUUCAUCGAGCACUGCCAGAUGCACCCCGACCUGCGCAACUCUCUCACGGGCUUCCGCUGCGUGGUCUGCAUGCAGACGGUCACCUCCACGCUGGAGCUCAAGAUCCAUGGCACCUUCCACAUGCAGAAGCUGGCGGGCAGCUCGGCCGCGUCCUCCCCCAACGGCCAGGGGCUGCAGAAGCUCUAUAAGUGUGCUCUGUGCCUCAAAGAGUUCCGCAGCAAGCAGGACCUGGUGAAGCUCGACGUCAACGGGCUCCCCUACGGCCUCUGCGCCGGCUGCAUGGCCCGCAGCUCCAACGGACAGGUGGGCGGCCUGGCCCCGCCCGAGCCUGCCGACCGGCCCUGCGCCGGCCUCCGCUGCCCCGAGUGCAGCGUCAAGUUUGAGAGCGCGGAGGACCUGGAGAGCCACAUGCAGGUGGACCACCGUGACCUCACCCCGGAGACCAGUGGGCCCCGGAAAGGCGCCCAGACGUCGCCAGUGCCCCGGAAAAAGACAUACCAGUGCAUCAAGUGCCAGAUGACCUUCGAGAAUGAGAGAGAGAUCCAAAUCCACGUUGCCAACCACAUGAUUGAGGAAGGCAUCAACCAUGAGUGUAAGCUGUGCAACCAGAUGUUCGACUCCCCGGCCAAGCUCCUCUGUCACCUCAUCGAGCACAGCUUCGAGGGCAUGGGAGGCACCUUCAAAUGCCCUGUGUGCUUCACAGUCUUCGUCCAGGCCAACAAGUUGCAGCAGCACAUCUUUGCUGUUCAUGGGCAGGAAGACAAGAUCUAUGACUGCUCACAGUGCCCACAGAAGUUCUUCUUCCAGACCGAGCUGCAGAACCACACGAUGAGCCAGCAUGCACAGUGA